AUGAGGCGCCCGCACACAGGCGCGCACUCACACGGCCGGGACGCACGACGCGCGCAGGACGGGAGUUUUGGUAACUUGAGGAAGCUGUUUUUCGGACGCACAGACCGCCGGGGACCGGCUGUUUUUCUGUCUGUCUCUCUGCCUCCCGGAGCCCGCGGAGCUGCCCGGAACGGUCUUAGGGGGGGAGAGAAACCCGCCGCCCGUCCAUCCCGCAGGAUCCGACCCCAGCGCGCCUCUUCUGAGGAGAGCCUGGCCUGUGCAGCCAUGCUGAUGUAUGAUUACCCACUGAAAACAGAUAUGGAGACGCCUUUUCCCUCUUCUUUGGUGAGAUCCCAAGAGCCGUACGGCGUGAUCUUCCCCCAUCCGGCCAACUUCUACGGAUUGCACAUGCAGGCCAUCCCCCAGUCUCACUCCCCCGGCAACGCCGAGCAGACCCAGCUGGAGCCGGUGGACCUGUCUCUCAGCAAGCGCUCCUCGUCCUCCUCCUGCUCCAUUUCCUCCUCCCCUCCCUGCUCCUCCCCGACGUCCCCUCCCUGCUCCCCGUCUUCCCCCUACAGUUUGGCGAGCCGCGCCUCCCCCCGCUCCCCGCCCUCGCACCCUCAGCUGCACUCCUCGCCCGUCCACCCCAGCUCCCUGCCUUACCACACCAUGAUGGCUCCCCUCAUCCCCUCGGGCUCGGGAGUCAUGAUGUCCCCGGUCAUGGUGCCCGUGCUCUACCCCUCGCCUCUCCACCUGCACCAGCCCAUCAUAGUGAGCCCCCCUGUCGGAGCUGAGGACGACCACCACCGAAGCAGAGAGUCUAAGCCAGCUCACUUAAAAAAGCCCCUGGAACUGCGAGGAGAGGCCCACGAGACGCACCAGCCCAUCAAAACUGAAAGUCACUCUGAACUCCUCCUUGACCCCAACGGCCACCACGAAGCGAAACCAUCAAUCAUCAUGAUGCCAAAGGAGUACGAGUGUAACAACCCCUCGGUAAUAGUCCGCGCAGACUCCAGGCAUCCUCUCCCCCCCGAGUCUCCCGACUCCCUGAAGAAGCGGCGGAUCCACCGCUGCGACUUCUCCGGCUGCCACAAGGUGUACACCAAAAGCUCCCACCUCAAAGCGCACCGCAGGACGCACACAGGGGAGAAACCCUACAAGUGCAGCUGGGCGGACUGCACGUGGAAAUUCGCUCGCUCGGACGAGCUGACGAGACACUACCGCAAGCACACGGGCCACAAGCCCUUCGAGUGUCCCGACUGCGAGCGCAGCUUCUCCCGCUCCGACCACCUGGCCCUGCACAAGAAGCGCCACCUCCUGGUGUGACCCGACCCGCCGCCGGGCCAACUUGAGAGAGAGAACUCUUUCCGUGGGGUUGAUGGAUGUGACCGUGCCACUGGGCCUUGACCAGAGGGGGUGGUGGGUGGGUAAGGGG